CGACUCCCCCAGUCGAUCACCGAAGCUGAAGCUCCUGUAGAAUAAAAUUUAUAGUAUAUAAAAAAAGAAUCUCGCGAAAUAAAUGAUCAUUUUUUUAUUAUGUUAUUCAGUCACGAUCCUGUAGAUUUCAUUCGGAGUUUAUAAGAAGUUGAUUUAAUUUUCGUAUUCGAUGUGGAAUUUGUACCAGCUUGGUAGGAACGAAUUUUUGUUACUGGGAUGUUGUGUGGUGAGUUCCACAGAGCUCCCAUAGGUUUGCAUUUGAAUAGCGUUUUUCUUUCGGCAAAUCCUAGUCCGUAUUGCGCUCUACUAACUCUAGUUCGUGGAAUGGCUGCUAUUACUGCGCAAGCUGUUCACGAAGAUGAGGACAUUUUUCUUGAAAAUGGCCUCUUGAGUUAUGAAAAUCCGAAUUAUCGACUAGGGCCUUCUAAUCGUCUGGACGAUGCCCUGAAUUCGAACACCGAUAACAUUUACGAGAACAUCUAUCAGGAAUUGGACGAUAUCUGCAACAUGGGUCACGGGGUUAAAGGAUCUAUUACCAGUAAUGCCAGUAGGAAAACAUACGCUACCUUAGAUAUAACUUCGAUGGGCGUUGAUGUCAAUAAAGGUCCUGUAACUCAGAAUUACGUGGACAACCGGGGUAAUGAAUGGAAUGGAAAUUCUAUGUCUGAUAAGGACCUGAGUGAAAGUUCUACUGUCUGGGAAAAUUUAUUCGAAAGAAACAAAAUAACUAACGAAGACGAGAACGGUAUUCAGCACAUUGUAGGUAGCAUUACGAACGAUUUAUAUGCCGUUCCUAUGAAAAAAUGCCCCAAGUCGACGGAGCAAAUAGAUAAAAUUAACACGCCAGAAAAGGAAUGGGAUAGUCAAAACGAAUUACCCCCUGGUUGGGAAAAACAUGAGGAUAACGACGGUCCCUAUUACUGGCACAUAAAAAGCGGAACAAUUCAACGAGAAAUCCCAGUCGUAGAAAAUCACAAGUUAGAAAAAUCUAAUUCGAAAUCGAACGUUAAAGAUUCCAAUUUAAUAUCGUCCUUCGAAAGUAAUUUAUCGGUAACCAGGAGUAGCACUAGCUCGGCUUUAAAUUUAGACAGCGACGAUAGAAAAAGGAAGGAAGAAAUAGCUUUAAAGAGAAGGAGUUUUCCUUCAAAGCCAGACCAAGAAUGUAAAGAACGCCCUAUUAGAUUCGCCGUCAGAUCACUGGGCUGGGUUGAAAUAUCCGAGGACGAUCUGACACCAGAACGUAGCAGUAAAGCUGUAAAUAAAUGCAUCGUCGAUUUGUCGUUGGGAAAAAACGAUUUGCUUGACGUUGUUGGGAGAUGGGGAGAUGGUAAAGAUUUGUUUAUGGAUCUAGAUGAGGGUUCGCUAAAAUUAUUCGAUCCAGAAAACCUAACCAUUUUAAACACCCAGCCUAUUCAUACAAUAAGAGUUUGGGGAGUUGGAAGGGACAAUGGCAGGGAUUUCGCUUACGUAGCUAGAGACAGAACGACCCGAAAGCACAUGUGUCACGUAUUUAGAUGCGACAUGCCCGCUCGGACUAUAGCUAACACGCUUCGAGACAUUUGCAAGAAGAUAAUGAUCGAAAGAAGUUUACAGCAAAACUUAGGCAAAACCGUCGACGUGAACGGUAAAUCGGUAGCGACCAGACCAAAUAAUUUACCGACGGAACACAGACGUCCAGUUAGAAAUUCGCAAGUUUUUAUUUCUCAAUCUUUUCCAACUCCAAUGGAAGAACCAAAAAAGAUUCUCCGAGCCCAGUACUUAGGUUGUCUUCAAGUGACCGCAGCUACAGGAAUGGAUAUUCUUAACGAAUCGAUAGAUAGGCUUGUUUCAACAGUGCCAGCUGACCAGUGGCAAACCGUUAAUAUAUCUAUAGCACCUUCUAUGAUCAGUAUUCAUCAUUCUCAAGAUGAUCGGUUACUAGCCGAAUGCCGUGUAAGAUACCUAUCAUUCUUAGGUAUAGGCAAACUAAUCAAACACUGCGCGUUUAUAAUGCAUACAGCACAAGAUACUUUCAUGGCGCACGUUUUCUAUUGCGAACCGUCUUCGGGUGCUCUCUGUAAGACUAUCGAAGCAGCUUGCAAAGUGAGUAUAAACGAACUACGCUGUAUUUAA